CCGAAACAAUUUCUUCAUAUUACUUAAGAGUUGAUUGCUUUGUCAAGUGUAAAGAUAGUGAGACUUGUUCAGGUUGAUUUUGGAGUUAGUUGGUGCCCUUAAAGCUGUCAAAAUGAGCUGCUUUACAUUCCUGAAGGUUAUGAUGAUUUUGUUUAACCUGGCCAUAUUUCUUGGUGGAGCAACGCUGCUGGGCAUCGGGAUCUGGGUUACUGUUGACAGUAAAUCCUUCCUCAAUAUAUUUGGUGCGAUAUCCGCCAGUGUCCUCCAAUUUGUGCAUGUUGGUUACCUCCUCAUUGCCAUUGGAGUUAUUCUGUUCCUGCUGGGCUUCCUCGGAUGCUGUGGAGCGCAGAAAGAGAGCAAGUGCCUUCUGAUCACGUUCUUCAGCAUUAUCCUGAUCAUCUUUAUAAUUGAAGUUGCUGGUGCAGUGGUAGCUUUGGUCUACACAUCACUCGCACAGACUCUAUUGCAAGCAACAGUGGCAAAAUUACUAAAAGAUGACUAUGGGAAACCUAACCCACUUACUGAAGCAUGGAAUAUUACAAUGACUAAACUGAAUUGCUGUGGUUUAUCAAAUUACACAGACUUUGAUGACUCCUAUUUCUACAAGAACUCAAAGGACUUAUAUCCAGAGCAAUGCUGCAAUUCUUCCAGCUUGUCUCUCUCUGCCUCUACUUGCAAUAGAACUGUAGCUGAAAGCUUUGCAGUGAAGGGCUGCUUCGAUCAGAUGCUGACUGAAAUUCGUAAGAAUGCAGCUGUAGUGGGUGGAGUUGCAGCUGGAAUUGGGGCCUUAGAGAUUGGAGCAAUGGCAGUGUCAAUGUAUCUUUAUUGCAAAAUGGAUGAAAAGUGACUGGGAUAGGCAAAGGAAAGCAUUACCUUCCCACAAGCCAAGCUUAUGACACAACACUCUCUUAACCCGUAUCUACAGCAAUUAAAGAUUUCAUGGGCCUGGGGCCUGAAUGUAUAAUUAACCAAUUUACUCUACCCAGAUGGAAUCUUUAGCAUGUACAUAAAUGAAAUUGCAAAAAACAAUGUGAUAAGAAAACUCUAUUAACAGAAAGGCCUUUUGUAUUGAAAGCCAGAAAUGCAAGGGGGGGGGGAGGAAACAAAACCUGGAAAUGUUUAUGCCUUCUAAAAAUGGCCUUUUCUAAUAUAUGCAGUGAAGAUUUGUGCUAGCUUUGAUAUUGGUCACACCGGGUUGUAGAAAAUCUCUUUAAGAAUAAAUGAUCCAGAAUGGAACAAUUUCUUUGAAAAGUUGGGAUUGAUUAAUUGAAAUACCUGUGUAUUACCAAUGGGGAACCAACAUUGUUUUUGUUCUUGACAUAAAAUAAUAGAUGAGCAAUUGUUGUCUACUGCUGGGGAAAAACAUGGCUGUAAAAAUUGAUAGGAAAGGAAAUGACUUGCUAAGGACUGAAAGGGUGACUGAUUGAGCUGGCUGUGCAUGAAAGGAGUUCCCUUUGUAACUAAUUUUAUUGUACAUGAUGUAGUCCUCUAUUUUUUUAUUCUGUGUGAAUACAGUUUAAUUUAUAAUAAUGUAACUACAGAAUCAUAUUAUUUGUGCCUGGAUUGGACUAUUGUAAUAAAAUCUACUUUUGAAUUACAAA